AUGGAGAAACUACUCAACAAAGUGUUAUACGGAUCAUCCAGCCCCCAAGGCUCUUCUUCCAAUGGUUCUCAAGUCUUCACCAUCCGUCCACACCCCCAGGAUGACAACCUCCUCUCCAUCCUCCCCUCCAAUGCACCAAAAGAAUCUCCCCCCUUGUACACAAUCUACAAACGUCCUAGCAGCUCUAGCCUCCUAAUGCAUCGUGGCCCCGCCACCCCCGAAAACAUAAUAGCAUCAGCUAAAAUGCAUCUCAGCACAUCACGCAUCGACAUGUCGGUGUUUAAUCAACCAAUGGUAAUUAAGAAUAGCAGCAUGACAGGAAGUUGGGGGUUCCAGACAAAUAUGGGGAAGUUUAAGUGGAAGGUCAAUCAGAUAACUGGAACGGGAUUUGAGUUGUAUGAUCAGAAUGCGAAUAAGGUGGCUAAGUAUGGGAGUGCGGGUUGGACGAGAUUUGGGGAGAAGGAAGUUAGUGUUUAUGUGCAGGGGGAUGAGUUCUUUGUGGUUAUGGUGCUGUUUUCCGCGGUGGUUUCGAAGGAGUUGAAGAAGAUUAUUGACGAAGUUGUUGGGGAGGUUGCUGGCGCUGUGGUGGGUGCAUAA